GUUUAUGCUAAGUAACGUUAAUGCCAAUAAUGUUGGCCUGGCUUCAAAAGGGCACAAAGAGAACGCAUGAGUCAGACAAUGACACAAACACACACACAUAAUAUAAUAAUAAUAAAUCUAAUACUAUAUAAUAUCAUAUAGAUAUUGCAUUAUUAUAUUAUUAUGUUAUUACAGUAAAAUAUAGAUGUUAUGUUAUUAUUCUGUAUUAUAAAAUUAAUUGUUGGGCAAAUGGUUGUUCCUUUGAGUAAAUAAAUUUAUGUUGUGAACAUCAGUGAUAUCUCCUAGUAUCUUUUAUUCACUGUACAAAUUCAGAAUGUAAUAAUUAAUGAUUAGCUGAUACACACGCCAGCAUGGGAAUAAGGAGAGUACUGGCCCUUUUUUCCACUUCAAGCACUGUGUAUAACCGUCCUUCUUUUUAUGUCAAACUGUUUUUGUGUUUGUUGCCAAAAAGCUCUAUUUUUGUCUCAUCGGACCAUCGAACUCGGUUCCAGUCAAAGUUCCAGUAGCUUCUACCUAACUCCAGGCACUGACGUUUGUGGUCAGAUGACAGAAAAGCCGUUCUUCUUGCACAUCUUUACAGUAGUUUGUUGCUGUUGAGGUGGUGUGUAAUUUGGAGACAUAAAAUGCUACGAUCUCUGUGAUUCUUGUAGAAUUUUUUUGCAUAACUGUCCUCCUCACUGUGCAUUUUCUGCCAUUUUCAUCAAUAGCUUUUGCCUGAUUUAUGAAAGUCAACAUAAUUCUGUCUCAUUUCAUGGAUGUAUUCUCAAAUCUUCCACAUUUUGAUGAAUGACUUUGAGAGAAUUUGGUUUUCGGCCUCAUAUUUAUACCCCAGUGAAACAGGAAGUCAUGGGUGACCACUUAAAACUAACUAAACACUCAAGUGAACUUUAAAAAGUAAAAGAUAAAUGAGAACAUGCUUCAGUUACAUUUGGUUUAUAAGAAAUUCUUGGGGAGCCAAUAAUCUAUACAUGUGGUUUUGUUAAAAAAAAAAUUCUUUAGAAUGAAUUUAUGUCCUAAUUUAUGUCAUAAUUGUUUAAUAUCAUGUGUGAGAUUAACAACAACCACAAACAUGUUUCACAACCUUUUCUGCCUGUCUAUACCAGUUGUGCCAGUUGUUCUGGAGCUGACUGUGUCACUUCCUUUUCCCUUUUUCCGAAACUGGAUGAAAGAAAAACAUCACCUCAUCUUUUUCCAAUCUUCAACUGUCUCAUAUUUCUGUUCUUGGCUGUCAGGAGUGGAACCCUUCUGCUGUUGCACAACAUCUACUUCAAAGUUAGACAUCUUGUGCACUGUGAGGUGCUUUUCUGCUCACCGCGGUUGUAAAGAGUGGUUAUUUGCAUUAACAUAGGCUUCCUUUUAGCUUGAGCCAGUCUGGUCAUUCUCCUCUGACCUCUCUCAUCAACAAGGCGUUUCUACCCACGUACCUGCUGCUCAAUUAAUGUUUUUUAAUGAUCCAUUUUGUGUUAAUUCUAUGUAAAUUCUGUGUAGACAAUGCAGUGUGAAAAUUCUGAAAUCUGGCACCAACAACCAUGCCUCAGUCAGAUUCACAGAGAUCACACUUUUUCUUCAGUCUGAUGUUUAAUGUGAACAUUAACUGAAGCUCUUCACCUGCAUCUGCAUGAUUUUAUGCAUUGCCACAUGAGUUUACUGCAUUAAUGUGCAGGGUUUCAGGUUUUCCUAUUAAAGUAGGUGUAUAAGUCAAAUUAUCAGGGCAUAAUAUCUUAAAAUCCUAGAGAUAGAGCCAGAUAGAGCCUUAUAAUUCCAAGGUCCAGUCCCUAAUCUUGCCUGUACUUGCCUGUAUAUAUAUUUCAUAUACUACUCAAUUUGAUUUUGUAUUUUUUUUUACUUUUACUAAACAUAGUCCCCCUGGCUCCUGGAGACAAGAGAGCAUCGAUUGGCUCUAAAACAGGACUGUAACUGUAGCUAACAGGCAGUGAUUCAUGUUUUCCUUGUUUUUGUGUAGAAUGUCUUAAAUGUAGGUUAUCUCUCUCCUUAUUUAAAAUAAGCACAAAUGUUGAACGUGUUUAAGCAAAUUUUCCUUAUAAACUACCCACAGCUUGGCAACCAACCAGAAGCUCUAGCAGCCUCUUGUGUAGGGUUUAGAUGAGAUGAUUGAGUUUUAUUUUGAUAGUGGCCUGGUCACUUUUCAAUUUUGCUCCAGUUUUUACUUGUACACAGAGUAUUGAGUAUGCAUAGGCUAGUUUUCCUGAGAUAGCAGCCCAUAAUGCAAGCAUUUACCUGUAAUUUAUGAGACUUUAGAGAAAAUUACAUCAUACAGCAAGAGUUUUUAUCACGUAUCCAUAAAACAUUCUUUUCACAGUUUAAUCUAGACCAGCUGUAGACCGUGCCUUUAUUUUGGAAUAAUGUCAAACCUUGCCUGUGCUUGCACUGCUGUAAUUAUGUUGUAUUUCAUUUUUCCCUGGAACUGUCUCAGCAAAAAAAAAAAAAAAAAAAAAAAAAAAAAGAAAGAAAGAACUGGCAGUGAUUUUUAGUAAACUAAAAACCUGUCAGUGUGUGUAUGUACCGUAUGUUGUGUGUGAAUGUAUCUAAGUCCCAUCUGCUCAUUGACUUUGGGCGAUGAGGCAUCGAGGACAGAAAGUCUGGUUAAGUGUCCAUAUGAACACAAUGAACCAUCUCUGCUGGUGGGCUCGCAUUUGGGUCAGGAGAAACUGGGACGGGCCGCGAUCAAUCCGCUGCCUACACCAUUCCGUCUGGACGAGUUUCAAUUAGGAAGACAAGAUGAUCCUCCUCCCAGCAUGCUUCAUCAUAAUUGAUAUGGACAUGUUCGCAUACACUUCUUUACCAGAUGAAUAAUUUAAUCCCUUCCAAGUACAUUUACAUUUACAUUUGUGGCAUUUGGCAGACGCCCUUAUCCAGAGCGACUUACAAUAGUGAGUAGGUUCAUAAUGAAAACAAAGAGCAGUUCAUUAAUUAUUUUUUGGAAAGCAUUUAUAUGACAUGCGUGAGCAGGACGGAUUUUAAGGAUUUCAGUUAUAUGUAUCGUUGCAGUGCAGUGGAUAGAGUGUUUGCGCCUCACAGCUCCAAGGUACAUGGUUCAGCCCGGAGCUCAGGUGUGGAGUUUUCUUGUUCUUCCAGUGUGGCAACCCAUCCAGAGUGUAUUCCCACUUCACUCUCAGUGUUCCCAGGAUACAUCCUCUGCAAUGGACUGGCAUUCUAUCCAGCGUGUAUUCCUACCUCACUUCCAGUAUUCCCAGGAUGGACUGACAUCCCAUCCAAGGUGUAUUCCUUCCUUACUCCCAGUGUUCCCAGGAUACGUCCUCUGCAAUGGACUGGUGUCCCAUCCAGAGUGCAUUGUCACCUCACACCCAAUGUUCCUAGGAUAAGUCCUCUACAGUGGACUGGCAUUCUAUCCAAGGCUAUUCCCACCUCAUUCUGAGCGUUCCCAGGAUAGGUCCUCUACGAUGAGAGAGCAUUCCAUCUGAGGUAUAUUCCUGCCUCACACCCAGUGUUUCUAGGAUAAGUCCUAUGCAGUGGGAUAGCGUCCCAGCCAAGGUGUAUUCCCACUUCACUCCCAGUGUUCCCAGGAUAGGUCCUCUGUAAUGGACUGGCAUCCCAUUCAACGUGUAUUCCCACAUUACUCCCAGUGUUCUUAGGAUAAGUCCUCGGCAGUGGGACAGCAGCGCAUUCAGGUGUAUUGUCACAUAUCCAGCAUUCCUGGGAUAGGCUCUUUAUCCACCACAGCCCUGAACAGUGCAGGAUAAAGCAGUUGCUGAAACUGCAUGAAGAUUAAUAGGCUUAUGGUUGGAUGCAAUAACAAUACAUCUUCUCAGGCUGCCCUGACACUAGGUGAGAUUUUUUGUUUGCUGUUUGUUGCGUUAUUGUCCCAAGCAGCAUUUAUCCAUUAAAACCUCAUUCGGAAUUGCUUACUUCAUCCAUCAUGGCAUGUGUAACAUUUAUGAGCGUGCUACUGCAGCUGUGCUAGAGGAAGUAGGGGGACUGUAAGACUGUGCAGCUUAGUGCUUUGCCAGUAAAAGCAGCGAAGAGACUGAGAGCUGGUUACUGCCCAGUGCGCUCUCACUCUGUGAGAUGAAGGGAGUGAAAGAAAGAGAUGACAACGCAGACACCCUGCGCCACAGUGUGUCGAGAAGUGUGUCAUUACUGUCCCCAGCCUAAUCACCUUCCCUCUCCUCACUCAUUCUCUCUCUCUCUCUCUCUCUCUCUCUCACUCUCUCUACACACACUGGCUCUUAACACAUGUGUGUUAUGAAGAAACGAAUCGUUGAUCCGGUCCCCUGAGGCGUGUGGGCGAGGACGCAUGUGCUGAUGGGGAGGAACAACACGUGUGUCUUUGUCGCCUCCUCAGAGUUAAUCCCUCCAGAAGAGGUGUGGCCACGUCCAUCUCUUCGAACGAGUAGUGGAGCUGCAGCCAUCGUUUUCACCUCCAGCUCCUCGUCCACUCUUUUUCUUAUGUUAGUUCAUCCGAUUGUUUAUCUGGGAUGAGUUUCAGCAGUGACAUGGAUGAGGCAGGGGAGGGGAGUAAAAGGGAGCCUGAGAGUUUGGAGAUGAAUAAGCUGCGUCAGAGUUUGCGCAGAAAGAAGCCAACCUACGUGCCCGAGGCCAGCCGACCACACCAGUGGCAGGCCGACGAAGAAGCCGUGCGCAAGGGCAAAUGCAGCUUCGCCGUAAGGUAUCUGGGUUUGGUGGAGGUGGAGGAGUCCAGAGGGAUGCAUGUGUGUGAGGAGGCUGUGAAGAAACUGAAAGUGAGUGGAAAAAAGACGGUAAAAGCCAUGCUGUGGGUCUCGGCUGAUGGUCUGAGAGUGGUGGAUGACAAAACCAAGGACCUCAUCGUUGAUCAGACCAUUGAGAAGGUGUCUUUCUGUGCACCGGACCGCAACUACGACAAAGCCUUCUCUUAUAUCUGCCGGGAUGGAACCACUCGCCGCUGGAUGUGCCACUGCUUCAUGGCUCUGAAGGACUCGGGUGAGCGUCUGAGUCACGCAGUAGGAUGUGCAUUUGCUGCAUGUCUGGAGCGAAAGCAGCGACGGGAGAAGGAGUGCGGUGUCACAGCUUCGUUUGAUGCCACUCGCACGUCGUUUGUCCGCGAAGGCUCAUUCCGCAUCUCCUCGGCCAGUCAACAGGGCGAGAGGGAGGACAUCAUGAAGCAGCUGCAGGACAAAAAGAAAGAAGUGUGCGCCAUCCCUGCAGUGCCUCCAGGUAACGCCUCUCCGCCAGAAGGCGCAGCCACACAGGUAGAGCGAGCCGAGGCAGGCGGGCCGCAUGUCAUCCCACGCCGUCACGCGCCCCUCGAGCAGCUUGUGCGCCAGGGCUCGUUUCGUGGUUUCCCUGCGCUCAGCCAGAAAAACUCGCCUUUUAAACGCCAGCUGUCUCUGCGCCUGAAUGAGCUGCCAUCCACUCUGCAGCGCAAAACUGACUUCCAGAGCAAGAACCCAGUUCCUGAGAUGGACCUGUCCGUGGCUGCUGAAGCAGACAGCAUCAAUGCGCUGUGCAGCCAAAUCAACAGUUCAUUCACCAAACCCUCAGAGGACCUCAGUGGCCAAGCCGCCAGCAAUGGCAUGCCAGCAUGCAGCGUUCCUCCUGCCAUCCCUCCUCCACCUGUGCCUCAAGGUAAAGUUACCAGCUCGUGGGUCCAGGCGGAGCCCCCUGUUGAGUCUCCACCUUCAACCGGCCACAGGCGCACCCCAUCGGAAGCUGAACGUUGGCUGGAGGAAGUCUCCAAGGCAGUGAAAGCCCAGCAGCAGACUCCACCCACCCUGCCACCACCACCUACCCAACAGCCCCCACCAGUACCCACUGUACCCAUAGCUCCAGGCUCUCUGCCAACAUCCAUGCAGCCCUUCCCUAUGGCUUUUGACACCACUCCAGCGCCUGUGGGCAUGUACAGCCAGCCGCCGCUGCAACCGGCCUAUGUGCCUAUGCAGCCCUACAUGCCUGCCAUGGCUAACAGCAUGACGUACCCCAAUGCCAGCAUGCCUGUGGUGGGUAUCACACCCUCGCAGAUGGUGGCAAAUGUCUUCUGCAGCGCCACUGGUUCCACAGGCGGAGGCACUAUGGGGGCGAAGACUGGCACACUUGGUGGCGGUCCUUCUGCUUUUCCCAGCCUGGCCGGGGGCUUUGCUAGUGCUACAUUCAGCAACCAAACAGCCUCCCAUGGGCUUGCACAAAACUCACUCUCCUCCACCACCACUGUUGCUUCCAGCAGCGUUACACAGAAUGGCACCAUGACAAGUGGGAGUGGUAGUACCAACAACUGGCCAAUGGAGAGUCUGCAGCAGUCCAAUCUCCCAGCCGAUGCCCAGGAAGCAGAGCGCUUUGAGGCCAAGUGGGCAGCUCUGGAGUCCAAAUCACAGCCCAAGGCACCCAAUCCUUUCUCCAACGAUUUACAAAAGACCUUUGAAAUUGAGCUAUAAUUGCACCCAUAUGGGCACCAAUAUAGACCCUGAAAUGAGAAAUGAAAUCCCACAUCCUCUUGCUUUUGGCUUCUUUUUGUUCUCCUCUUUUGUUCCUCUAACAUUUGCACCUGCUCUUCACGAUCAGUCCUACUCCGUAGGCAACUGUCCAAUUUGCGUUUCCAAAUGCAGGCAUAAAACUCUUGAUCUGGGAACAUGACAGUAUCCUAGAACCCAACAAACGUAGUCACUUAAUUUGAAAGAAUGGAAAGACUUCUGGGUUUGAGGUUGCUGUUGCUGCAAUGACCCCGUCAAGUGAAUCACAUGACCUUCGACAAAACUCGCAAAGGGAGCAAAUGACUGAUUAUGAUGCGGCCAAAACGUUUAUUUAUUACUUCAUUUGAUUGUGAAAAAGAUUUUAAAUCUAAUUUGUACUCAUUGAAUUUGUUGUUUCCCUGUAUUUAUUUUACAUUAACCCUCUGUGGCAAAAGAUCACAUAUAAUUUGGGAGUAUGGAGAAGCUAUGACUCACUGGACAAGAACAGAGGCUGCAUGAUCGGAGACUUAUUGAUGGAACUGCUAGUAAAUGAGAGUGUAAAUAGCAUGUUUUUUUCUCACCUCUUAUUUAUCACCCUGUUUGUGGAUGCUAAUUAUUAUUCAAGCCCUGUGAGUCACAGCUGAAGCAUCAUAUCGGCACCUUGCCAGCAACACACGGACAUCAAACUGAGAGGCUGAUUAUGCUGAUAAAUCCCUUAGCACAAAGAGCUACAGAGCUAAUUUCAGAUUGACAUCAGGGCUCCGGCAAUGUGGCAGGAGAAGAGUCUAAAAGCUAUACGUAAGUGAUGGCAAAACAGAGAAGGUAAAAAUGAGCCUGUUUAGACUUGACCCUGAUUCGAAUAGCAUGGCCUGGACAGCCUGUAGCUACAGGAAAGCCUGGCAUUGUUGAUGAGUCAGUUUGUUUGGAUAUUUUUCCACAGACAGUACGUACAUGUGAAAAUAUGUGAAAGAGAUCAAGCCAGUUAGUGCUAAUAGGCUUAACACUAAAGGUGAAUGAAAUGUCAUUUUUCCUAUAAUUGGAUUUGGAGAGUUUUGGUUUGAAGACGGUGGCCAAAGAGGUAAAAUGCAGACUGUACUCUAUUGUAAAGUGAGGAAGAAAACGGCAAGGCCCUGAUGUGAAAAUGUACGUAGGAGUAAUUUCUGAGGAUAGACGAGAUGAUUAAUGCUGGAGAGCAACGUUGUGAUGGAUUGAGUCGAAAAGAUUGAGUUGUUUACAGAAAGCUUUGAAGGUGAAGGACUAGGCUUGGAUUAGAAGUCCUGGAAUCAUGAAAUCAUGAACAUCGUCAUUUGAUAUGAUGCCCACUUGUUCAAAAUAUAUUCUUUUAAUUCCGUUAUCAUAAUAAGAACAUACAUAUGUUUCCUGGCUUUUUAACUUUUUUUCAUUUUGAACUCUUUAAUCAUCCUGGAGAAUAAAUAAACUAAUAAUCAUAUAUCAAAGGCUAAAAUAUACUCAGCAAUGUACAUGCUCUGAACAGUAAGUAUUUUCAACGCCAGUGCCGCUCUAGCCAUUUAUCUGUCCAGGGAAUCCUUCAUUCCAGUGCAUCACACAUUUUGUGUAUUUUUUUAUACUGAUGCAGUCCUCACUCUGCAAUAAUGCUCCACGCUUUCUGGUAGUUUUGUUAUUCUAAAAUGAUUUAAAUGAACGCAGAUCUCACCGUAGAUCCGUGGUGUGUUCAGUAAGAACAUGCUGAGUGAUUGGAUUUGAUCUGACUCCAGCGUCUGGAGUUUCUCAGUGAGUAGGAUAAAAGCUAGAUAUUCAAAGCCAGACUGCACACUGUGCUUUACAGAACACUGAACUUAAUAAUAAUAAUAAUAAUAAUAAUAAUAAUAAUGUAUACAAAGGACAGGCACAAUAUAUUUACAAAUUGAUUCACUAAGACCACACAGUUUGCACAUCACAAAUUUGAUCGAUUUCCAUCCAGUUUGUUGAUCACCAACCACUAAUAUACAGGGUUAAUAGAGCCAAUGGGUCCUAUUUCAAUUUUCCCAAAGCGAAUGUGUUUGUAAUCUGGCCUAGCUGCAGGCCUUGCAGGGGAAAUUUCCCUUCUAAAUGAGCUUAUCCGUGAUCUGUGCUCUGUGUCUUUAUGUUUAAAGAUGCCGGGAUGAAUUGACACAGCUGAUUACCCUGGGCUCUGGUCCAUGCGUCCCCACAAAAAUGUAGAUCUCUUUUGAAAACAAGGAAACUAAAUUACCUCAUAAACUUGAUUGUAAACUGUAAUCUAGCGAUAAAAAAAACAGUGGAGUUUAUUUUUAAUCUUUAUUUACAGAGUUUUGUAUUUAAACCUGCAUAUUUGUAUUGUAAUUACAUUGUACAAAGACAAAUAAAUAAUAUAAUAUUAAGAGCCA